AUGGACAGUUUCAUUUCCUGUUUUCAUGCCAGCAGUCUCAGUUCAACAGAGCCGCAACCUCUGACCAAUACAAACAAUUAUUGUUACAUACCUAGCCAGUACUGGCAGACAUUGGAUUACUAUGAUAUGACCAUGGACAUCUGCUCGGAUCUCCCUACAGAUACUGUGCAAAUACCUCCGCCUCUGAUUACGGACUGCAACAGACUCGCCGGGAUCGCAGAAUCUGAGACGACUCUUGAUUUUCCUCUCGAAUUUGGCCUGGACGCCAACAGCAGCCCUGGAACGGAUUCCCUACAGUUAACCCAUACUGCGUCUUCAAUUCAAAGAAGUCCCAGCGCCGAACCUGAGUGCCCAGGGCAUUCACCAAAAUGCAACAUUCAUAACAACUCGUGUGAGGUCUGUGAACGUGAUAAGAAGGAGAGACGAAAAGAGCAAAAUCGAAAAGCACAGCGGAACCACCGACUACGCAGUGAAGCCAAAGUGGAGCAGCUGAAAGCAAGAGUCAAAUCACAGGCAGAGGAAAUUGCGAACCUCAAAGAAGUGAACCAGUCGUUAAUGAAGCAUAUUGAGAGCCUGAGAGGCGAAGACAAGCGUGGUAGAACCCCUGAUACGGGUGAAGAGCCUGAUACGGAUUUCUUUCAGCAGCAAAUAUCGCAUUGCCUUUGA